GUCUCUAUGGGGCGGUUUCACCCUAUAUCCCCCCAUAAGCUGGAGCAGCUGGAGCUGGAGGCAGCGCGGAGACAGAGGGAGAUGGAGCAGAGACACGCCAUGUUAAUGCAGCAGGACUUGACUCAGGACGUGGUGGGCGUGGCCAACAAGGGGGCGGGGCAUCCCGAAGCUCCGCCCAUGGAGGGGUAUCUAUAUAAGAGAGCCAGCAACGCAUUUAGGACAUGGAGCAGGCGCUGGUUCUCCAUCCAGAGCAACCAACUGGUGUAUCAUAAACGGGCACAGGAGCUGUGUCCUUCAGGCCGAUUCUAUGGGGCAGCAGCGUCUAUGGGUCAGAGCUGUACAGAGCAGCAUCGCAUCCGCCUACAGCCAGGACCCCGACCCUAUAAGGGUGAGACCCCCCCCAUAACCCCAUAA